AUGAGUGCUAGAUUCGUCAUUGCUUUCAAGCAGAUCUUUGUCUCUGAGGUCCCACCCGUCAUGCAGGGAGCCCGCACAAUCCCAUCAAACGCCUCAAGAGUCAUCGAGUUCUUCAACCCAUUCACCAACGACCCAACCUCAAAGUUCAUUAACUACGCUGCUAUGUUUGCCACUUUCUACGGAUUGAAGUGCGCAUUGGAGCCACAUCACGAUCAUCAGGAUGUCAUCUACCCAUACAUGAAGACCAAGAGAACCAAGACCUUGGCUCAUCUCUUCAACAAGACUGAGUAA